AUCACAAUAUAUAUAUCAUCAGAGCAAUCUGCUAUACCAUAAGUAUUCUUUUCUAUAGAGAACUCUCUGCCUCCUCCAGGCUCCAGCUAUGGCUGCUGUUGGCGCCUGCUUCCUCCAGCAGCUUGCUGUCGUUGCCCUCUUGGCUCUGUGGUGCUCUCAUGGCGCCAUCGCCUCCGAUCCUGGCCUUCUUCAGGACUUCUGCGUCGUCGACAAGAUGUCUCAAGUGCGUGUAAAUGGGUUCCCUUGCAAGGACGCCAAGGACGUUGUCGCCGGCGACUUCUUCUUCUCCGGCCUCCACAUGGCCGGCAACACCACCAACAAGCAGGGAUCCAACGUUACCACCGUCAACGUUGCACAGAUCCCGGGUCUGAACACCAUGGGCGUCUCCCUCGUCCGCAUCGACUAUGCGCCCAACGGCCUCAACCCGCCUCACACUCAUCCACGUGCCACCGAGAUCCCGACCGUUCUCGAAGGAUCUCUCUAUGUCGGCUUCGUGAUAUCGAACCCCGAGAAUAAGUUGUUCACCAAGGUUCUUAACAAGGGUGAUGUGUUUGUGUUUCCACAAGGAUUAGUCCAUUUUCAGUUUAACAAUGGAACAAACAAUGCUGUGGCUCUUGCUGCUCUGAGCAGCCAGAACCCAGGGGUGAUAACCGUGGGAAAUGCUGUUUUUGGAUCAAAGCCAUCUAUCUCGGAUGAUAUCCUUGCCAAAGCCUUCCAAGUGGACAAGAACAUCAUAGACCGAAUCCAAGCUCAAUUCUAGAGAAUAUGGGGCAUAUAUAUGACAUCCAUUAGUGUGUUCUUUUAUUGUUCAAUUGUAGAAUGUGGUUUUUGGUAUUGAUGAAUUGUGAUAUUAUCUUGUGUUGAAGGAAAUGUUCAAAUUUGAGUGUGAUUCAUCUGAAAGAAACUUUGGCUAUGUAUGU